AUCAAUCUCUUCGAUUCGGCCGAAAACAGAGAAAUGCAAAUCUUCGUGAAAACCCUAACAGCCAAAACGAUCACUCUCGAAGUCGAGAGCUCAGACACAAUCGACAAUGUGAAGGCGAAGAUCCAGGACAAGGAAGGAAUUCCGCCGGAUCAGCAGCGCCUGAUCUUCGCCGGGAAGCAGUUGGAGGACGGCAGAACCCUCGCCGAUUACAACAUCCAGAAGGAAUCCACGCUCCACCUCGUCCUCCGCCUUCGCGGCGGUUCCGGUAGCACCUGGCGGAUUCCUUUCGUGGCCAAUCACUUGUUGAAGAAGAUCACCCAGCUAAACGAGACCUCUAAGAAGGAGUUGAUCAAGACCUGGUCUAGGGCUUCGACCAUCAUUCCGGAAAUGGUGGGGCACCGCGUUGCCGUCUACGAUGGGAGGAAACACGUGCCGUUUCGUAUUUCUGAGAAUAUGGUGGGGCAUAAAUUGGGGGAAUUGAAGCCGCGGCGCCACAACAGGAAGGAGGUUCAUGCGCGCGCCAAGGCUGCCACUAAGAAGAAGAAGUAAGCCACUCUUGCGGAACAGAUUUGUUGGUUGAAUAGUGUGAGGGUUUAUAGAUUUAAAAGUUCGUUUGAUGGUUUAACCUGCUCUUUGAAUUUAGAGAUUUUGAACUGAUAUCGACAAUUAGCUUUGGUUCUAUCUUGAAUAACAAGCAUUGUCUUUUACAAUGUAAUUUGGAUCGUAAUGCUAUGCAAUUCAGCCCUGAGUUCUGAUUA